ACGGCCUCUAGAUUUCAUCACACAGGGAGAUGAUGGCAGCGACAGUUCUUCCAGUUGCUGCCUCUGUUUCCAAAUCUCUAACAAGAAAAGAAAGCCAGAGCUCUCCUCCUCCUCUCAUUCUCUUCAAAUCUCUCUCUCCUCCUUCUUGCCAUUCUAUUUCAUUCUCUGCAACUCCACUAACGACUCGCAACCGUGGCGUUGCUGUUGCUUGCCUUCCGUCUUCUUCUCCUCAUCCAAAGACUAAUACAUCACCCUCCACCAAACUCUAUGUCAGCGGACUUUCGUUCCGCACCACUGAAGAAAGUCUGAGAAAUGCCUUCCAAAAUUUUGGUCAACUCGUUGAAGUCAACCUUGUGAUGGAUAGAAUAGCAAAUAGACCAAGAGGCUUUGCUUUUCUUCGUUAUGCAACAGAGGAGGAGUCCAAGAAAGCCAUUGAAGGGAUGCAUGGAAAGUUUUUGGAUGGCAGGGUCAUAUUUGUGGAAGUUGCAAAGCCGAGGUCGGAGCUGCGCCAGGGCUUAAAGCAAAACCCAAGACAGUACUGAGGAACACGAAACAUGAUUUGCUAAUCCGAGUACAAUACAUGUGUUGAUUCCAUGUCAUGCAUUGUUCUUAUACAUUCCAUGCAUAUCUGUAAUUCAUGAUAAUCAUUCUAUGAGUAUGGUCCAUGUAAUGGAUUGAUUUCAAUUAAUGAAAAAUGUUUUUGAAAUUCUUUG